AUGAUUUCACUUAUAAUAUGUGUGAUAACACUUAGUAAUGUUUAUACUGAGGCAGCUGUGAGUACUAAAUACCCCAUAGGCGGUAUAUUUAAUAAACAAACUUUGCCGACAUCGGCGCAGGCUUUCGAGAAUAUAGUGAAGUCGGGUAGUACGAGAGCGUACCACGGCCGCGCUAUCUACCUGCAGGUCGUUGACAGUUAUUCUACAGCUUUAGAACUAUGUCCCUACACGUCCGAUAAUAAAGGCAUCGUCGCAUUGAUUGACCCUCGCCCAACAGGCGGUACCUGUGACGUCACUUGCCUGCUAUGCAACAGACUGAACAUAUCCCACUUGUCUAUGGGCUGGGAGCCGCCAGACUCGCUGAGUGAAAACACGUACACAUACUUGUACCAUCCGCCGCCGGAACUUAUAUCCAAGGCAUACGCAACGCUAAUUAAAAAGCUGCAGUGGGAUAAAUUCACGUUUUUCUAUGAAGACGUUGGCAGCUUUGUACGCCUUCAAGAGGUAAUAAAUACGUGGCCCUACAAACAAGAGCAAAUAUUGUUCAGGAAACUGAACUCCGAAGGAGACAACAGGGAGACGUUCAAAAACGUGUUCAAGGUUGAGCACAUGAGCUAUCAUGUAAUUGAUUGUGCCGUUGAGAGCGUUCGAAAAUAUAUGAUGGAGAUCAUUCAAGUGGAAAAUUCCACCCAAUAUCAAAGUUUUAUACUAACUAAUCUGGAUGCAUACACCGUGAACUUGGAAGAUAUUCCGGACCUCAGGGCUAAUGUAACUACGAUGCAUUUAACCAGGGCCAACGACAUAAAAUGGAAAGAUAUGAAUAUGAACAUCGCUAAUUUAUCUAUACGACUGGAAACUGCGUUAGCAGCUGACGCCCUCACUCAUUUGGAUAAGGCAAUACGGAGCAUGCAGUUGGAUAACGAGGAUAGUUAUAUUAGAGGGCCGUACAGUCGGGUUGAUGAUCCCCCGCCAUUAUGUUUUAUGAAUACUAAAGCAGAUUACGAAGCUAACGCUUGGCCGAGUGGUGACGCAUUACGAAUGGCUCUUGGUAAGACUACAGCGAAAGGUUUCACCGGGAACAUUGAAUUCGACGAGGACGGUAAAAGAACUAACUUUGUCCUACAUUAUUCUAAAUUGAGUAACGAAAGCCAGUUCAUUUACGUCGGCUAUUGGGAGUCUAAGACGGACAUGAUAACAGAUGAAAAGGACGUCACAGAUCGAUCGGUCGCCAGGACUUCGAAGUCCGUUAUAAGGGUUGUGUCAAGAAGGGGUAAACCAUAUUUCGACAUAGACGAUUCAAAUGGCACUGAGGUUUAUCGGGGUUAUGCAGUGGAUCUUAUUGAUGCAAUAUUCGACUUUAUAAGAAAAGAAUAUCACGAGGAUAUGAAGUAUGAAUUUUAUCGAGUGACAGGAGAUAGCUAUGGAAGUCAGACACCAGGCACUAAGAAGUGGGAUGGAAUUAUUGGGGAUUUACUUGAACAUAACGCUGAGCUGGCCGUCUGCGACUUUACGAUAACGUCAGAGCGGAACGCGGUAGUUGACUUUUCCAUUCCAUUUAUGUCUUUGGGCAUCAGUAUGCUAUUUAAAGAACCCGAUCCCGAGGCACCGGAUACGUUUUCAUUUAUAAAACCGUUGUCCCUAGAUGUAUGGCUGUAUUUAGGAACGACUUAUAUUAUUGUCUCUUUUGUGUUACUACUCUGCGCACGUAUGAGUCAAGGCGACUGGGUCAACCCACAUCCGUGCAACCAGAAUCCUGAGAAUUUACAAAACAUAUGGAGUUUAUAUAAUUGUAUGUGGUUAACAAUGGGAUCUAUCAUGACACAAGGAUGUGACAUAUUACCGAGAGCGUUCGGGUCUCGCUGGGUGACUGGUAUGUGGUGGUUCUUCGCUUUAAUCGUUACCGCCUCUUACACCGCCAAUAUGUCUACGUUCCUGAGAAACAAUAGACGCAGCACGGAGAUAACCGAAGUUAAAGAUCUCGCCGAGCAGAAUAAAAUCUCGUACGGCGCCGUAACAAACGCUUCUACUUACAAAUUCUUUGAGUCAUCAAAUGAUACGGUCUACAAAAAAAUUUGGUCAACGAUGCUAGCUUCGAAGCCAACUGUGUUUACUCACUCCAACGAAGAAGGUCUUCUUCGGGUGUUGAGGAGUAAGGGAAAAUACGCUUUCUUCAUGGAAUCCACUGCUAUAGAAUAUUACAUGCAAAGAUAUUGCGACCUCAAGAUGGUUGGAAACAAGUUAGACUCGAAGGAUUAUGGAAUUGCUAUGCCGAAAUACUCCCCUUAUAAAAGUUUGAUAGAUAGCGCAAUACUGGCUUUGCAAGAGUCGGGACAGCUUUUAGCUCUUAAGAAGAAGUGGUGGGUAGAAGAGGACAACGAUUCCGAAUGUGAUAAAAACACCGAAUCGGAUGAUAGCGACAGCGGUUCACUACAGAUGAAGAAUACAAGCGGAAUAUUUCUGGUUCUCGCGAUCGGUGGAGUAAUUGGAUUGUUUGUGGCAAUUAUCGAUUUCUUGCUACACGCUCGGAAAAUAUGUGUUAAAGAGAAGGUGACGUAUAAAGAGGCACUGAUAAGCGAAUGGCGGGUGUCAUUGAAUCCGCGGCAGCUGCACAAGCCUACUGCGCCGCCCCGCUCCGCUGCUCCGUCCACCGCUACGCCCUCUCCGCUCAGAGAACGCUCGCAGUCACGAGCGGUCUCUGUGUUACGGGCUGCAACUUCUUUCAUUAAUUUCGAUGAAAUAUACUAA